GGGAGGACGGCGAGCAACGAGUCAUCUGGCAGGGACAGCGGGCACCGAGUCAUCUGGCACGACAGGGCACCGAGUCAUCUGGCACGACAGCGGGCACGAGUCAUCUGGCACGACAGCGGGCACCGGGUCACCAAGCUCAACAGCGGGCACCGAGUCACCUGGCAGGACAGCGGGCACCGAGUCAUCUGGCAUGACAGCGGGCACCGAGUCAUCUGGCACGACAGCGGGCACCGAGUCACCAAGCUCAACAGCGGGCACCGAGUCAUCUGGCAUGACAGCGGGCACGAGUCAUCUGGGCACGACAGCGGGCACCGGGUCACCAAGCUCGACAGCGGGCGCCGCAUCAUCUGGCAGGAUGGCUGGCAACGAGUCAUCUGGCAGGACAGCAGGCACCGAGUCAUCUGGCAGGACAGCGGGCACCAGGUCACCAAGCUCGUCAGUGGGCGCCGAGUCAUCUGGCACGACAGCGGGCACCUAGUCAUCUGGCACGACAGCGGGCACCAAGUCACCAAGCUCGACAGCGGGCACCAAGUUAUCUGGCAGGACAGCGGGGCACCGAGUCAUCUGGCAGGACAGCGGGCACCGGGUCACCAAGCUCGACAGCAGGCGCCGAGUCAUCUGGCAUGACAGCGGGCACCGAGUCAUCUGGCAGGACAGCGGGCAAAGGGUUAAAGGGAGGAUAGGUGCAGCGAGUGGGAACAGGGUACUGACAUG